GCCCUCUCUAAUCCCCUUCAUCAUUUCGCAUCGAGCCUGCCCAAGGGCCUUUCGCGACAAGAUGGACACCACGACGACAUCCCUGGCGAUUCAUCGCCUCCGAUUCUUGCCCUUUGCCCCUUCCCCGCCAACAUCUCUCGCCAUCUCCCCUCACCCAAUCGCAGCCACAGGUCGAGGUCUCCUCGCCGUCGGGCGACAGAAUGGCGACAUUGACCUGUGCGUCUGGGUAAAAGGAGGCAAAGGAACAGACAAGGGGUGGAUCCCACAUACCACGCUCGUCUCUUCGUCGACGAAGCCAGCAAAGGUCGAGUCCCUCGCCUUUGCUGUGACAUCUAGUCCCAACUACGGACCAAACAGGCUACGCCUCUUUUCUUCUUCGGGCGGGUCGAACCUGCUCGAGCACUUUUUGCCAGAGGAGUUCGCCUCUCUUGAAGCCCGUCAAGGCGCUAUCAAGCGGUCGAUCACCGACAACAAAGUCACAGGCACCUCCCGCUCUCUGUCCUCGCACGGCGGCGUCAUCUGGUGUAUGGCCCCCUCGCCCCUGGGUAGGUACAUUGCCAUCGGGUGUGAGGACGGGCACAUCCGCAUCGUCGAUAUCAGACAGGGACGAUUCGAACACGUCUCGCUCACCAAUGUCGAGCGCUUCGCCGAUGGUACGAGGGAGAUCACCCCGAGGACGGACAAGGCAAAGUCGAGGAUCGUCAGCUUGGCCUGGGGCCCGCCUAUCGUGCACGAGACUAAGAAGCCAGCACGCAACACAGCCAACAACUCCAACGACAGCUCGGACUCGGACAGCGAUAGUGACGACGACGACGAUGACGACCCGGAUUCCUCCUCUCGCCGCGAGUCCCUCAUCUUAGCAGGGACCGCCUCCUCCCACGCCCUCCUCUUUCCCAUCUCAACAGGUCGCGCCUCACAACGUCUUCUCCUCCCCAAGGGCCGCACCGAGCAGACCAUCGUUUGGAGCUCGGCCGUCCUCUCAGACGGCACACUGAUUACGGGCGACUCGCUGGGGUUCGUGACAUUCUACGACGCCAAGACCAAGGUGCCUCUUCCCGACGCCAGGUUCCAGGUGCACGAGAGGGGGGCAGACGUGCUCUGUCUAACAGUCGGUACCGAUGGAAGGACGGUCUACAGUGGAAGUGUAGAUCAAAAGGUCGCUGAGUUCACCUUCAUCGCUGGAAAGUGGGCGCACGUUGCUACAAGGCGACUGCAUGCGCACGACGUCAAGGCGCUCGUCAUUGACCCGGCGCCUAGUGUACGCACUGCUGCCAACAAGGGCUCCGCGAGCGCAGUGACACCUAUCCUCGUGUCGGCAAGCGCAGACUACAAUGUUGUCCUCACGCCCGCCUCACCCCCAAGCCAGAUGAGCGUCAAGAAGGGAGGUAACAAGGCGCGGCAACUCGAAGCUGCGGGCGCAGUCAACCCAGUCUCCUCCAACCCGAUCACCACAUUCGCAUCAACAACGCAACGCCGUGUGCCUUACGUGCCCUCUUCCUCCUCCGGCUCUAGCCUGGCAGGCAGUGGUGCAGGAAGUGUCACCCUGUGCGCGAGCAAGGGGUGGGCAGUCAGUCGCUCUGCGAGCACGAUUGAGGUGUGGGAAAUGCGCCCUCCUGCUUCGCCCGAGGUUGGCAUCGGAUCUCUUACCCUACAACCGCAGUCAUUACCCGCGGACCAGCCCCCUUACAUCCGCUUGCUUCAGAUGGAGAUGACCAAACGACGCUCCGCGCUCAUCGCGCACGCCAUCUCUCCCUCUGGCCGUUGGCUGGCCGUCUCCGACCUUCGCGAGACCAAGCUGUACUCCCUUAAAAGCCUCGGUGGGGAUUUGCAGCCAAAGAGGAGCAAAGCCUUUACUGCUGCGUUUGCAUCUCUUGAGCAAGAAGGCGCGGCUGCCCCUGCCGCAAGUGUGAUCAAUUUCACGCCGGACGGAAGAUUGGUGAUGGCUUCAUGGCCGGACAGCAAGGUCUACGUCGUCUCGCUCGACGAAGACAGAUGCCAGGUAGUGAAGGUAUGGGAAGGAGCCAAGGCUGUCAAGGGUGGACGAGCUGUUGUUGGCAGGACCGCCAAGCCGGCCGACGACAGCGGGGAUGAGAGCGACGCCUCAGACUCGCACUCGGACUCGUCGUCCUCGUCAGCACCCGCGCCUCGCAUAGACCACCUCCUCCCCACCCCCGACUCGCAAUACCUUCUCUGCGUCAGCGGCAUCCACCUCUGGUCAUACAACCUCGACCUUCUCUCCCCGACUGCGCGUGUCUUGCCCUCGUUGCCCGCACGAGCGGUAGGCGUCGCUGCACACCCAAACAAACCCUCGGCGGUCAUUGCGGCACUGCAGAGUGGCGAGGUGCGGACCCUGCACCUCGACGAGACAAUGAGUGGUGGCAAGGGUGAUGCCUUGUGGGAGCAUUUGCGUAAGGGUGUGGAGGCAAAGUUGGCUGGUAUUCGCGAUGCACCGACGGGCGUCUGCUGGGUGCCAAGGAAUGCAGCUGAAGGAGGUGCCAUCCUCGUCGUGUACGGAGCGACGUGGCUCUUGACGGCCAGGGAAACUGGGCACAACGGCGGCUUGGUCAACGGCAAUGGCGUCAAUGGGCAUAAGCGCCGCAGCAAUGGUUCUGGACUUGCCGAAGGUGACGGCUCGGGCAACGGCGAUGGUGAUCUCGGCUUCCCUUACUGGGUCGUGAGGCUAACGCACCGCUACCAGCCCAUUGCUGCUGUUGGGCCUUUGCGCGUCGCGGAGGAUGGACAGGCCGAAGAGACAGCGGGCAUGGGCCUGGGUGUGGUCGAGAAGCCCAUCUUCGGGCUCGUGCAAGGCAUGGACAAGGCGUGGAAGAGGCAGAGGAGAUACGGAUGUUGAGGUGCUC